AUGGUGGAGCUCAGGUGUACAUUGUUCAUGCGCGUCGGUGGUAAACUACUAAGGGGUUCGCAGUCUAAAUACUUGAAUGGGGUUAUUGCAGAAACGAAGGUAGAUCUAGAUUCCUUCAGCUUGUAUGAAUUGAUGGAUACAAUUAGGCAAAUGGGGUAUGGACUAACAGAUAGUAAUGGAGUAACAGAACACGUAACUGUGUUUUAUAAACUUCCAAUGCAUGACAUGAAUGAUGGAUUAGUUAACUUGCAUUCUCAUUAUGACAUGGUUGAAAUGUUUGCAGUGCAUUCUUGUGGUAAGAAGUAUAUGUUUAUUGAUGUAUUUGUUGAUUGUCCCAAUGUGGUAGAGUCUGACGAGGAUCGUGAGCCAGAGGUGGAGGUGAUAGGUAAAGAUAGAAAUACUACAGCAGACCCUAGCUCUUUAACUGAAUUAGGAGGUGACUUACAAAUAGGAGAAGGUCAUGGAGGUGGUGAAUUAGGAGGACUUGGACACGUAAAAGAACCAAUUGUUGAUGAAAGGGGGGAGAGAGUAGGUAAUGAAUGUGUGAAUGCAGAUGAAGAAGGAGAAAGAGUAGGUGAUGAAAUGGAUGAGAAUAGUGAGUCAGACUGUGAGUGGCAGCCUAAUGAUGAUAGCGAAACUUCUUGUGACACUUUUAGUGGGGUAGAGGAGUCUUCUGAUGAAGAGGAAGAGGAGAACAUUGCCUUGGUUGGUCUAGGUACCUAUAACCUUGAAAUAGAAUGUGGUGAGGGGGAUUCGGAUAGUGAUGAAAAUGACUUGGUUGAGGAAGGUGAAGAUGGGAAGGCUACUUUUUGUGAGUUUAAAGACUCUUGCAUGAAGAACCCUCAAUUAAUAGAAGGGAUGAAGUUUCCUAAUGUGAGGGUGUUUAGGAAAUUGUUGAGGGAAUAUCAUAUAAAGGAGGGCUACACAUUUAAAUUCUUGAAGAAUGAAUCUACGAGGGUGACUGUGAAAUGUGCAUUUGAUUGUGGAUUUAGACUUCAUGCAUCUCCCAUGUAUGAUGAGAAAUCAUUCCAGAUAAAAAAUAUUUGGCAACAACAUACUUGUACUAGAAUCUACACGAAUAAUAAUGCAACUGCUUCUUGGCUUUCCAAUAAGUACUUAGCCAAACUAAAUGAUGCACCGGAGACUAAGGUCAAAUCAAUGAAGAAUAUUGUGAGGAGGGAGUGGCUCAUUAAUGUUUCAGAGUAUAAGGUGUAUAGGGCAAAGAGAAAGGCAAUUGAAAAGAUUCGGGGAGAUCAUACUGAACAAUACAAAAGGUUAUGGGACUAUUGUGAGACGGUGAAGGGUUUCCUAGCAGGUUGCAGACCAAUCAUUGGAUUGGAUGCUUGUUUUCUGAAAGGUCCUUUUGGAGGUCAACUUAUGCAUGCAGUGGCAAGAGAUGGCAACAAUCAAAGCUUUCCUUUGGCCUUUGCUGUUGUGGAGGCUGAAACCAAAGAUGCCUGGACUUGGUUCAUGGGAAUAUUGGAGGACUUAAUUGGGAAUCUAGAGGAAAUGGGCUGGUGCUUCAUGUCUGACAGGCAAAAGGGGUUGACACAAACAUUUGCAGCAAAGUACCCUACUAUAGAACAUAGGUACUGCAUUAGACACAUGUAUGCAAACUUCAACAAGUUGUACAAGGGGAAGGAGUGGAAAGACCUCAUGUGGCAGGCUGCAUCAGUUUACACAAUCCAAGAGUUUGAGGAGAAGAUGAAAGAAAUUAAAGAGCUUGAUGAGACUGCCUAUGAGUGGUUGAUGAGGGAAGAGCCAAGAACCUGGGCUAGGUGCAUGUACAGUGGAAGGGCUAAGUGCAAUAGAAUGGAUAAUAACACAAGUGAAGCUUUCAAUCGAGCUAUCAAAGAUGCAAGAGACCAACCAAUCCUUACCAUGGCCGAAAGUAUUAAGAGGUACUUAAUGACAAGGUUACAACAUAGACGUGACCUCUGCAAAGGGUGGAAUGGUAAGCUAUGUCCAAGGAUUGCGAAAAAGGUGAAAAAAACAUGUGAUAACAUGGGGGAUUGUGAGGUAAUUUAUAGUGGUGGCACAACUUUUGAAAUCUUAAAUGUACUUAGGGGUUUUGUUGUGGACAUAGGAGAGAGAACAUGCACCUGUGGCAAGUGGGAUGUGUGUGGGAUACCCUGUUCACAUGGAAUGGCUGCAAUUAUAACCGACAAAAGUAAUCCUCAAGACUUUGUUCUCGAAUGCUUCCAUGUGGCAACUUUUGCGAAGACAUACGAGCACAUGAUUAAACCAAUUCCAGAUGCGUCUAUGUGGGUUCGUACGGACCUUGAUCCUCUCAUUCCUCCUCCGUUAAGGGCAACAAGUGGGAGACCAAGAAAGGAAAGGAGAAGAGGGCAUGAUGAAGAAUCAAAAAAGAGAGCAUGA